CAUUGACAUUAUUUAUUCCACUUUAUUCUCAAUCGUUUUUAUAGGGACAACAGACUGACCGUUCUGGGAAGACAGCUGCUGUUAAUCCUAGAAAGAAGCCACCCGGAGGUAAUGACCCAAGGAAGAAAAAGGAGCCGCCUGAGAUGACAGAGCUCAAGAUACAGAUAGUGAAUAUGAAAUCACAAGUUCUUGACUUUGAGAAUUCAAUACGUCAACAACACGAUGAGUUGGAAAACUAUAAAACAGAAAACGUAGAUUUAAACAAACAAAUGACACAGUUUGUUAUGGAAAAGGCUGGAAAAUCUAGAGAUUCAGUUAUUGUGGAUUUAAAUCAGCAAGUAGAAAAGCUACAGAAACAAAUUGAGGGUAUAGAGAAAGAGAAGACAGAAAUCCUUGGAGAUAAAGAACUGUAUAUGACAACGCAAGUACAAACAUUUGUUUUUCAUGAAAAUGAGGAAAAUGGUCAAUAUCUUACACGUUUUAAUUCUGCAUGUGAGCUGUUUCAGGAACAUUUUUGUCCAAACUGA